CACUCUCUCUCCCCUUAAUAAAAUCCCUCGAUAAACACCUUCCAACUCCCACCACAAAAUCGAAGAGCAUGAUUUAUUAGCGAAACAGGGAAAGCAGGAGAUUGAUCAUGAAGUUUGGUAAGCGGCUAAAGCGGCAGAUAGAAGAAACUCUUCCUGAAUGGAGAGACAAAUUCCUCUCUUACAAGGACCUGAAGAAGCUAGUCCGACUCAUCUCCGCCGCCCCGCCCUCCGGCGACUCCGCCGAGGAUCAGUUCAUCCGCCUCCUCGACGCAGAGAUCCACAAGCUCAACUCUUUCUUCGUCGAACAGGAAGAAGACUUCAUCAUCCGACAAAAGGAGAGAAUCCUCGAGGUGAUGGAGGGCCACGGCGACAUGACUAGUAUCAGGAAAGAUAUCGUCAAUUUCCAUGGCGAGAUGGUUCUGCUCGAGAAUUACAGCAGCGUUAACUAUACAGGGCUUGCUAAGAUCUUGAAGAAGUAUGACAAGCGCACAGGUGCUCUUCUGCGGCUGCCAUUCAUAGAGAAGGUGCUAAAGCAGCCUUUUUUCACUACUGAGCUGGUUUCAAAGCUGGUGAAGGACUGCGAGAGCAUGAUUGAAGCCAUUUUUCCAGAGAGGGAAGGGAUGUCGAGGGUGGAGAGAAAGGCAGCAGGAGCGGCCGAGCAGAGCAUUUUUCGCAACACUAUGGCUGCGCUCGCCACCAUGGAGGAGCUGAGGAAGGGAAGCUCCACCUAUGGCCACUUCUCUCUGCCGCCCAUCGGGUCGCCAGAGGCUGAUCUGUUGCAGACAUUGCAGCCGCCAUCCCCCAUCCCCAUAGUGAUGAAUUGAUGACGACGAUGAUAAAAGAAUAAUUACUAUUUAUUUUCGUUUUUUUCGGUAGUUAGUCUGACAGAAUUAUGUUACUUUAGUAUAAAAAACGCCAUAGGAGAGGAUUUGAUUGCAGUUCCAGUACUGAAUGAAUGCUGGUUUCUAAAUUUCUUCUGAAACUGCUGCCCUGAUACAGAUGAAGAGGAAUACAAGCAAUGUUUUUAUAUACUGAUUUGCCUUUUUUUAAUAAAUUUCUAUGAUGAGUAAAUCUUAAGAGUUGGUAA